AGUAAGAAAAAAAAACAGAGAAAAAUAACACCUGCAGUGAAACAGCUGUUAACUCCACCACCUCGAAGCGCGCCACACCUGCGCCAGACACCGUCAUGGAGGGACGUCUCAUAAUCUAUUUGUUCCUCGUAUCCCUCUUCACUGCCGCCUCCUCGGCGUCAGAGGCAGGCAAAGUGAAGGUGACUGUGUUCUACGAGGCCCUGUGUCCAGACAGCAAGAAAUUCAUCACCAAACAGCUAUACCCUGUUUGGAAUGAACUCAAGCACAUCAUUGAACUCGAUAUAAAUGCAUAUGGGAAAGCUCAUGAAGUGAAAAAGGGUAAUGAAUCCUCAUUUCGCUGCCAACACGGCCCUCGGGAAUGUGCAGCCAACGCCAUGCUCACUUGCGCGAAGAAAUACAUCCCUGAUGAACAGAAACUCAUGGACUUCACCAACUGUCUCAUGGAGAAGAGAAGAGGGAUUUUGUCUGCCACGGAGUGUGCUGACCUGGCAGGUGUGGACCUGAGCGACGUCGCGCGCUGCCACCACACGGCAGAGGGAGCGACCCUUCAGAGCGAGAUCGGCGAGAGACAACAGCAACUCGACCCUCCUCUCUACUACGUUCCUUGGAUUCUUAUCAAUGAUGUAUUUACCAAAAGCCAGCUGACGGCGGCGCAAAGGAACCUCAGAGAAGUGAUAUGCAAACUUUACGAAGGAGAAUGUCCUUGAUAAGAGAAUUUCAGCGAAAUAUCACGCACCAAACUUUACGUCUGUAAAUCAUUAUCGAUGUCGCUGUAACAAGAUCAAGAGUGACUUUAAUUUUCAUUCUGGAAUAAAACUGUUUACAUAUUAUUAAGAUAAUAUUCAUCAUUGUUUUCUUCUUCGAGAAUAAAUGUGAACAUAGAGAA